ACCAUUUGCCAAAUACUCCUAUAUCUCACAUGGCCUCCAAGUCUAAAACCCCUCUCUCUUUGCUCUAUCCUUUUCAAACUCCAUAGCCAUGUCUAACUAAGCUAACUUCUAACCUCACUUUCUCUCUCCUCCCUCCACCCUAAAUUACCUACUUUUAUGUUAUGUUGUUUUCCAUAGCUAGAAUGAAAUCCCUAAUUUUCCCCAAAACUUUCUCUCUCCUCUCUCCUCCCCCCAAAUCACCUUCUUUUCUUUCCUCUUUUCGUCCCUAUCGCCUCCACCAAAACCCUAACUUUCUCUCUCCUCCCAUGUCGACCUUCCUUCGUUGUCACGCUUCUUCUUCUUCUUCUCAGCAGAAGCAGCAACAUCCUUCUUCUUCGUCGUCUUCGUCGUCUUCUUGUGGUGAAAUUCAUGUCAUUGUGGGCCCCAUGUUCGCCGGAAAAACCUCCUCGCUCCUUCGCCGUAUCCAAUCAGAGACCAGUAACGGCAGAUUUCAGGCUGCACAAGUCAAGAGCUCUUCUCUAUUGCUGGAUAAAACAUUGAAGGACCUAUGCUACUCUGGAAGAUUGAGGGAAGCAAUUGGGUUACUGUACCAUACUGAAGUAGCCGUGGACUGGCGAACUUAUGCUCUCUUGCUGCAAGAAAGUAUAUAUGGAGGAGCGUAUGAGUGGGGCAAAAGAAUACAUACCCAUAUGGUGGUGGUUGGUUUUAUUCUCAAUGAAUACCUUAGGACGAAACUGCUGAUUUUGUACUGUAAGGCAGGGAAGGUAGGGACUGCAUGCAUUCUCUUUAAUGAAUUGUCGGAGAAGAGCUUAAUUUCAUGGAAUGCAAUGAUUGCAGGGUAUGUGCAAAAAGGCAUGGAAGAUGUGGGAUUGAGUCUUUAUUAUGAGCUGAGACAUAUUGGUGUGGCUCCAGAUCAGUUCACUUUUUCUUCUGUGUUUAGAGCAUACGCCUCUUUGGCACUGCUUGAGCAGGGAAAACAAGCCCACGGAAUCAUGGUAAAGUGUGGAAUUGGGAAAAAUGUGGUCGUCAAUAGUGCUCUCAUGGAUAUGUAUUUCAAAUGCAGCUGUGUAUCUGAUGGCCAUCAGGUGUUUAGUAAAUCGUCUGAGAAGAAUGUUAUCACUUGGACUGCCCUCAUAUGUGGCUAUGGACAUAAUGGAAGGAUUGCUGAGGUUUUGGAACUCUUCAAUUUAAUGGUAAAAGAAGGUUUAAAACCUAACUAUGUGACCUUCCUUGCUGUACUUUCUGCUUGUAGCCAUAGAGGUCGUGUUGAUGAAGGUUGGAAGUAUUACUAUUUAAUGAAGAAUGACUAUGGCAUCCAACCUCAUCGGAAACAUUAUGCAGCCAUGGUUGAUCUUUUAGGACGUGCUGGGAGGUUAGAAGAGGCUUAUGAAUUUAUUAACAGCUCACCAUGUAAGGAAAAUCCAGUAGUAUGGGGUUCUUUGCUUGGGGCCUGUUUGUGGGAUAAUGUGGCUGAGGUUUGGGGUUUGAUGAGGGACUUUGGUGUGAAAAAGGAGAAAGUGGCUUUAAUCAAAUCAAACAAAGACACAAGAUAUGAACUUAAUUCUGUUGUCACUCAUGAUGGGGAUAAAUAUCCAUGCUUCGCAUUGCAUGACUUGUCGUCAUUCAGGCAGAAGCUGGGAUCAAGUGCUUACGACGAGCUGGAUGUGAUAGGUAUUGAUGAAGCUCAAUUUUUCGAGGAUUUGUAUGACUUCUGCCAGAGAGCUGCAGACCAUGAUGGAAAAACCAUUAUAGUUGCCGGUUUAGAUGGUGACUACUUGAGGAGGACCUUUGGCUCUGUGCUCAGUAUAAUUCCACUGGCAGACUCGGUGACAAAGCUUACUGCUCGAUGUGAGCUCUGUGGCAAACGCGCAUGUUUCACGUUGAGGAAAAUUGAUGAGAAGCAGACUGAGCUGAUUGGUGGAGCUGACGUCUAUAUGCCUGUGUGCAGGCAGCACUAUGUUAGUGGGCAGGUAGUCAUUGAAGCUGCAAGAAUGGUCCUGCAGAAAAAGGUUGAGUGUGGAUAACAAAAUGUGAAGUUUGGGAUUUAGCUGUGUCUUUGGAGGCUCUGUAGGAUCAUGGCGUAGAAUUAGAUUAAGGAAUGCGAAAUUGUACCAGCUACAUGCAAUGAUUUUGUGACCAAGCAAGGUGGAAGUGGUGGGGACCUAUUGCGUAACCAAGUUCGAACCCCACUAUCUAGUUGUGUUUGGGGGUAGGGAUUCUUUUAAUUCCCCUAUUCUAAAGCGUUGACGUAGCUGCGCAGCCUUGGUUGACUGACCUGCGAAAGGUCGGUAGGGUCCUUCUCACCAAGGGGUUCCUAGGUGGGGGCCCACACAAAAAAUGCAACGAUUUUGUAAAGGAAUGCUAGGUCGCUAUAAUCUGAUUCAAUAUCAUAACCAUUUGAGUUUACUACGUUUA